AUGCCGGAAGCAGCUACAGCUGCCGCUGGCGAUGGCCGCGGAGAGCAGCAAGGCCAGUCGAUGAUGUACAAGGUCGCUCAGGGUCUGCUCCUAUAUUUCGGCAUGCAGUUUGUGAUGAAGCAGUUCACCGGCGGCAACAAAUCACAGACGGCCACGACUAAAGAUGCAGCUGGUCAGGUCGUUCCGGUGCCUGCUAACAACGGCGACAUCCCUGCUUUCCAACUGCGACCGAACCAUCUCGACGAAGGCGCAAGUUACAGCCCGAUCCCGCAGCGCAUUGCCCCCAUUUGGCCCACCGAUAGCACCGUUGAUAUCGUUGUUAUUCUCUCAAACACUUUCGUAUCUGUGAAAAUUGCCAGUGUGCCGAAGGAGCUGGUAGCUUUGAAAGAGACGGGUUUCAAGCUGGGCAACACGAGUGACAGCCGAGUCGCCGAGACCACCUUCGACGUGCCUACAUCUGUACAAAAUAACGGGACACUUUGGGGCCAGUUCUACAUCGGACUCACGGGUGCCAACCUGGAUCCGAAAGAGCCAAACUUCGAUCCUGCUACCGCCGUCCACUUCGUACACCCCCUGACCCAGUACAUCCCCAAGAAGAAGGAAGCAAAGACUCGGAAUUUGCUAGAAGGCAAGGCUGACCUGGAAGCGGAGGAGCCUGAGGAGCAACCUACUGGACCGGUCAUUGCCAACUACUAUCACCCCAACACGAGCCUUGCAUUCAUUCCUGACACGGGUGUCUUGAGCUUCCCUCAGAUGCAGCCGGCUGCUCGUCAGUUCCUACACCUGGAGCCGACGGGUGCUCGUGAUGGUUCUGGUCAAAAUUCUUGGUACUAUCCGGUCUUAUACGUCAACACCUUUUGGCAAUUGAGGAGUCACAUGACCCUUUUGAACGAUACAGUCAAGUCCCUUCCGAUGAGGCUUGAUCUGGGUAACAUGAAGAGCUGGCAGUUCAACAUCAUGGCGUCAGUCGAUUACAACUCCAAGAUGCAAGCUCACCAGGCUGCCUUUGGUGGUUCUAUCCCAGGCGGCGGAGACGGUAGCGAAAUUGAACUCAUCAAGGAGAUCUUCUUGGACACUAACCCCUAUCUGCUUGGCGUAACAGCCAUCGUGAGUGUUGUUCACUUGCUUCUUGAGAUGCUCUCCUUUGGUUCCGACAUUGCCCACUAUCGGAAGAAGAAGGACAACGUGGGUAUUUCUGUGCGCUCGAUUCUCGCAAACGUCUUCAUGCAAGCUGUCAUCUUCUUGUACCUGGUCGACAACUCUCAGAACACAAGCUGGAUGAUUCUUGGCUCGCAAGGUGUGGGUAUCCUGAUCGAAUUUUGGAAGAUCACCACGGUGGUCAAUGUCCGCCUUCGUCCAGCGCCACCAGGCUCACUUAUACCCUACCGGGUCGCCUUCGAAGACAAGUACAAGCUUAGCGAGACUGAGGAGAAGACCAAGGAGUAUGACGAGAUCGCCUUCAAGUACAUGUACAUUGCUGGCGUGCCUCUCUUGAUCGCCUAUGCGAUCUACUCUCUGAUCUACGACUCGCACAAGUCGUGGUACUCCUUCGUCAUCACCACAUUGGUCGGUUCCGUCUACGCGUAUGGUUUCCUGAUGAUGGUACCCUCGCUUUACAUCAACUACCGACUCAAGUCUGUCGCACACAUGCCCGGAAAGGCCAUGAUGUACAAGUUUGUGAACACCUUCAUCGACGACCUCUUCGCCUUCACCAUCAAGAUGCCCUUCCUGCACCGCCUCGCCACCUUCCGAGACGACCUAAUCUUCUUCGUCUACAUAUACCAACGCUGGGCCUACAAGAUCGACUACACGCGCGUCAACGAGUUCGGCCAGGGUGGUGAAGACGACGAGCCAGAACCGCCGAAGGAGGGCAAGGCCAAGGCGCAGGCCAAGUCCAUGCCCAAGAUUGAUGUUACGGGAGCGCAGGAGAUGCUGGGCGAUGUUAAGGCUAGUGGUACCGACGCCACGGGCGCCACGAAGAAGAGGAAGUGA